UUAAAACGUAAAUGUUUCCACUGCUGGGAGCGCUCGAGGGCAGUUUACUUAACAGGAAGUAGCAGCUAGCAUGUUUGGCUAGGUAGCUAGCUGCUAGUAUCUGGAGGUGCUCAGCUGUUUGUUGUGUUUGAGACUCAAACUGAGCUUCAGUAGCAGCACAGAGAGUUCAGCACGCCUCGCUGUAUUGAAAAUGGACACGCGGUUCACUCGAGGGAAAUCCAACAUUCUGGAGCGCCCCCUGACCCGACCCAAGACUGAGGUCAGCGUGAGCGCUUUUGCCCUCCUGUUCUCCGAGAUGGUCCAGUACUGUCAGAGCCGCGUGUACUCCGUGUCUGAGCUGCAGACUCGCCUGGCAGACAUGGGCCAGAGCGUGGGAGCCAGCCUGCUGGACGUGCUGGUGCUGCGGGAGAAGAACGGGAAGAGGGAGACCAAAGUGCUGAAUAUGCUGCUCUUCAUCAAGGUUAAUGUCUGGAAGUCUUUGUUUGGGAAGGAGGCUGACAAGCUGGAGCAGGCCAACGAUGAUGACAAGACGUAUUACAUCAUAGAGAAGGAGCCACUUAUCAACGCGUACAUCUCCGUGCCCAAGGAGAACAGCAGCUUGAACUGCGCCGCCUUCACCGCAGGCAUCGUGGAGGCCAUCCUCACACACAGCGGCUUCCCCGCCAAGGUCACCGCCCACUGGCACAAAGGCACCACGCUCAUGAUAAAGUUCAACGAGUCAGUCAUAGCCAGGGACAAGGCUUUGGAUGGCAGAUAAGGAGGACUGGAGGGAGAGGGUGGUUUAUGUUAAUCAAUACAGGAUGAAGUUAAAUCAUCCAGGUCCAGGCUGGUGUUUGUUGCUGACUGAAUUUCUUUGUGGUAACUUAUGAGACUUUAUGGAUGGACGGAUGAAUGGAUGACUGCACCACACUGAGCCACGUCUAGAGCAGAAAACAUGCAGCUAGUUGGUUCAUUCCUCCAUGUUUUUGUGGAUCAUCUCACUCCUGUUAUACCUCAUGAAGUGCGCACGAAAUUGUUUACUGAAGAUCACUUUUAAUUUGUAGUUUCACGUCACAUUUUUACGCCACAGAUAUUCAUAAAAGAUUGAACAUAUUGGACAAUACUUUCACCACAUCAUGUUGGUAUUUUCAUUAGUAAUGCUCUGAUUUUUAAAUCCAACAGGUCAACGUAUUGUAAUUAAAUAAUGUCACCUUGGGUUCUGGGAAAUCGUGAUGGCCCAUUUACACUUUUUAUAGACUAAACAAUGAAUCAGAAAAAUACUCAACAGAUUAUUUGAUAAUGAAAGUAAUUGGGAUGUGCAGCCAUAGGAUGAAAGUUAAACUGAAGAAAAACAACCCACUAAAUGGUGGCCAACUAAAUAGAUGUUAAUAAAAAUGAGUUUCACAACAACUCUUUUAAUGCUACAAAAUGUUUUAUGUAACAGACAGAGGACCAGACUCAAGGUUUUCUUUCUCUGUGUCAUUCCAGUUCAACUCCAGCUGCAUGUUUCAUCACUGUAACAUAGAUUCAUAAUCAGGGCCGUAGCUACCGUUGAGGACACAGGUCAUUUUAUUUUAUUAUGUUAUUUUUAAUUUGUGUGUGUGACUUUGGGGGGUAUUGGUAACAUGGGAGUUUAGAUUCUAAAAUAAAAACAAAACUUAUACAUGGUGUUUUAUUAGAUGACUCCAAUAUCUGUAGACUGUAUCUUGACCAAUUUGAAUACUUUUAAGCCAACAAAAUAAUAAAUGAAGAAAGGCUUCA